AAUGAGGUCACCAUGCUAUCAUAACAAUAACAAUAGUCAUAGUAUGAAUAGUAAUAACAACGGAACGAUCUUCCGCAACCACUGCAUCUUUAAUGGGAAAUAUAAAAAGUGUGAAAACAAAUAAUAUCAACUGACUUGGUUGGACAACACACACAGGUCCAUGUAGAAUGCAGGAGAAAGAAAUGCCACAAAAAACUUAAAUACUAUAAAUACAUAUUCAUCUGGUAGUCAGACUAUUAAUAAAUGCUUUCUCAAGCAACGUCAAGUAAAACCAGAUAUGAAUAGAUGGACCAUGAACCUUUUUACAUCAGACGUUUCUCAUAGUAGGAAACGCACAGGUUACAUUGUCGAGGGUUUCAGUAAGUGUCGCACAAUGCAGCAUACAUUAAUCUCAAGAUGCAUACAUGUGCAACUAUGUGGUUUCAAAAAUGUUUUGUGUGUUACACAAGUGGAAAAUUGUCAAACGUUGUCCUAGAGUGGGCUGCAGCGUCGAGAUAAAGGACACACGCCCAUCUUGGUCCGUCGUAAGACACGCAUGACAGAUAAGUGAGGCGGUCAAACCAACAGACACCCGGGUUCCCGUCGUACACCGUGCUCUGUGUUCCCCUUUGAAAUGCUGCCGUCUGUCCACUUCCCAUUUGUUGACACACUGCGGCGAGGUUCUCUCCAACCAUUGUGUCCUUCUUAUCGCUCGUGUUUGCCUCUCUCCUCAGGGGUGUGUUCGUGUGCCUCUGCCAUAACCAGUGAUGGCCGAGCAGUCGCCCCCGCAGCACGGAGACCCGCUGCUGAGCAAACUCAACCAAGGGAGCCUCCCCAACGGCAAGGUGGCCUCCAAGGACAGCCUUCGCGCCCGGGGACAGUGGGCGAACAAGGCCGAGUUCCUCCUGGCCGUGGCGGGGCAGAUCAUUGGCCUGGGCAACGUCUGGAGGUUCCCCUACCUCUGCUACAAGAAUGGAGGAGGUGUGUUCUUUAUACCCUACCUGUUGUUCCUGGUGCUGUGCGGCGUCCCCCUAUUCCUCCUGGAGACAUCGCUGGGACAGUACACCAGCCUGGGAGGAGUCAGCGCUUGGAGGACCAUCUGUCCAUUAUUUGGAGGUCUCGGCUAUGCCAGCCAGGUGAUGAUCCUGCACGGCUGCGUGUACUACAUCGUCAUCCUGGCGUGGGCUUUGUUCUACCUGAGCUACAGCUUCCAGGCGGUGCUGCCCUGGUCGCACUGUAACAACACAUGGAACACCGAGGCGUGUGUCCUGUUCGACUGGCACAACCAGGCGGCCAAUGGGAGCAGCGUACCCGCGAACGCCACGUCCCCCGUCGUGGAGUUUUGGGAGCGCGAGGUGCUUCGUCUCUCCAGCAGUUUAGACGAGCUGGGUCCGGUCAGCUGGAAGCUGGCUCUGUGCCUCGCCGCCGUUUGGUUCGUCUGUUACUUCUGCGUCUGGAAGGGCGUGAAGUCCACCGGGAAGGUGGUGUACCUGACAGCCACCUUCCCAUAUGUGAUGCUGUUUGUGCUGCUGGUGCGCGGUGCCACCCUGCCGGGAGCGGCCCAAGGCAUCAUCUACUACCUCAAGCCCGACCCGGCGCGCCUGGCCGACCCGCAGGUAUGGAUGGAUGCGGGUACCCAGAUAUUUUUCUCAUAUGGAAUCGGUUUGGGAAGUCUCACAGCACUCGGCAGUUACAACAAAUACAACAACGACUGCUAUAGGGACUCUUUCCUCCUCUGCCUCCUGAACAGCGCCACCAGUUUCCUGGCGGGUUUCGCCAUCUUCUCCGUGCUGGGCUUCAUGGCCGAAGAGCAGGGCGUGGACAUAGGUGCCGUGGCGCAGUCAGGGCCUGGCCUGGCCUUCAUUGCCUACCCGAGGGCUGUAUCCAUGAUGCCUUUCCCCCAGCUCUGGGCCGUCUGCUUCUUCCUCAUGAUCAUCAUGCUGGGGUUGGACACCCAGUUUGUGAGUCUGGAGGCCCUGAUGACGUCGGUGACUGACCUGUACCCUCACCUGAUCCGCCGAGGCCAGCGCAGAGAGCUGCUGCUGCUGCUCGUCUGUGUGGUCUGCUUCCUGAUGGGGCUGGUCAUGGUCACGCCGGGUGGUCUGUAUGUGUUCCAGAUCUACGACCAUUUCUCCUGCAGUGGAGCCAGCCUGCUGCUUCUCUCCAUCUUCCAGUCCCUCGCCAUCGGAUGGAUCUACGGAGCCGAGCGCUUCAACGGCAACAUCAAGGACAUGACCGGCCACAGCCCGCUGCCCGUCUUCAAGCUGUGCUGGAAAUACUUGACCCCCGCCGUGUGCACCGCCACCUUCGUGUUCUCCCUGGUGAGCUGGUCUCCGUUGAGCCUGGGGAAAGGCCUGGUCGCGCCGGCCUGGGCCACCGCGCUGGGCUGGCUCCUCACCUUGUCCUCCGUCUCGCUGCUUCCUGCCUGGGCCGUCUACGCCCUGGCCAGCACCCCCGGCACCCUGCCGCAGCGCUUCCAACGUCUGUGCAGUCCCGCCAAAGGCCCCUCCCUGGCGCUCCCCUACAGCGUCGCGCUGCCCCUGACCGAGAAGCCGAAGGAGCAGAACACAGACUUCAUCCAGGACCGUAUGACCCGAUGAUCCGUGGGGGGGGGGCAGCUCGCUCAGGGAGGAGGUGCAAGCUCGACUCCUUGAUCCCUCGGUGAGGGGACACAGCUGACCGGUUACAAGAGUUGGCUCACCCUACGACCCUCGGCUUUUUUCUUUUAUGCACUAGUCUCAUCACUGUGCUUGUGGAACAUGUAAUAAAAACCCCUGUAGGUUUCCGAGGCUCAGGGGGGGCGACUAAAUAACUUUUCUUUUUUUUAUUAUUAGGCCGGCAUUAGUGAGCAAUCUGGCCCUCCACUUUACUCUCUGUGAGAGAUCACUGCACGCUCCUCUUUGACUCUUCACUGAAUAGGUUUUGGGUGCCGAUAUCCUCUGAUGACACUCUGACGUGUGUGUGUGUUUGUACACUGAUUUGUCUGGACGUGUGUGUGUGCGCUUUACCAUCUGUGAUCACGGAGCUCGAAUGCUUCCAAACGGGCCGUAGGUUAUUUUACUGCCAAUGCAUUGAGUGCUUAACUUGAUGUCAUGUCAUCGUGGCUUAAAUUACUGAUAUGUUCAGUAACUGUUUUCAUCAGUUAUACUCCUGUAAAAGUCGGCGGGAGGGUUUUUUUGUGUUUUUUUGAGCUUCUUGUCUCAAAUGCACACGUUUUAAGUGCAGUUUCUUGACGAAUUAAAGAAUCAAACUUUUUUUGUACUGUACCAAAAAUAACUAUCAUCUAUCCAGCUGAGUGAAGCGCAAUCGUAGUGUCUGAAUCCGCAAGUACUAGUACAAUGUUGCAAUAUUGCUGCUACUUUGUUGACGAAUCCAACAUUUUUAUUAUUUUUCAUUCUAGACCUGCAACGUUUUAACUGGAAUUGUUUUAAUGAGAAAAAAAUGUCACUCCAACACAACUCUUUAACUGUAACAUGCAGUAGAAGACAAAGAGCACGAGGAUCGGCGCUGUCUGUCUUGGGUGAGCGUUGGAGUUUAACAUGUUUAAAGAUGAAUACAUUUACAGACGUACUGUUCGUCCUCGAACUGGAUGACAUUUUAAUCGGAUUCUCCUCCAAAAUUCAUGUAUAGCCCAUCUGCUUACCUCUGUUUACAGCUGUAUUUAUGUGCCUUUAUUUUAAUCUUUUUUUUCUAUGCAUAAUUUUUCCUUUUUUUUUUUUACAUGAAUAUAUAUUUAUAUUGUAUUGUGAUAAAAGAGUUUCUGUUGAC